UGUGCAGACUAGUAGCACCAGUCUGCUGGGGCGCACACUGACGCACAGGGAGGAGUCUGUACAAAGUCACCAAACCCAGGACCAGGUCCAUGAAGAGGAUCUAAAGACGACCACCGGACGGAUGCACGAGUCUACACCCUGAACAGCUGACUGUGGACCAGCACGCGGAAAGCACGUGACCAAAAGGGAGCAGAGGGCGGCGAGACCCAGGUCCAGGAGACCGAUGAAGGAGCCGGGCUGACAGAUGCAGAGGGGAGGCAACAUGUCACUGGCUUGCAGGAGAGCCGGGAUGAUCUGCUUGAUGAUGAUGCUCAACUUCUUCUGCAUCUGCAUUUUGAUGGGUUUGUCGUGGAACUUUGGGCGCAGCAGAAGUAGCCCCCAGAAGACUAUAGUCCCAUCUGAGAGGUUUUGGCCACAACUCGUGCUCAGUGAGUCGUUCUGGAACAGAGAGCAGCAGCGUUUAGACUUCAUUUACAAUCCUGUUUACAGUUCUGUCCUGUCCAAUAGCUCUAAUCCUGGACUGCCUGACUGGCUGAAUGAUACUGGGCCAGCCAACCUGUGUGAACCAGAUCAUAGAGUUGCCAUGCAAAUCUUGGACUACAACACCCUGCCAAAGCGCUUCCAGGACUUCCUAUUGCACAUGCGUUGCAGGACAUACCCAAUGUUGAUUAAUCAGCCACAUAUGUGUGAUGAGAAACCCUUCCUUCUGCUAGCGGUCAAGUCUUUAGUCCCACAUUUCGACCGGCGACAGGCGAUUCGAGACUCGUGGGGCCGGGCGGGUGUUGUGGCUAAUCGCACUGUGGUGACGGUGUUCCUUCUGGGGAACACUGAGCCCAUAGACCACUUCCCAGACCUGCUGUGGCUGCUGGACCAUGAGGCGAACCGUCACAGAGACCUCCUCCAGUGGAACUACAGGGACACCUUCUACAACCUGACCUUGAAGGAAGUCCUGUUUCAAGAGUGGUUGAGCCAACACUGUCCCCAGGUGCAGUUCAUCCUAAAGGGGGACGAUGACGUUUUUGUCAAUACCCCUCGGAUUAUUGACUUCCUGGAAGAUCUGCCGGAGGUAAAGGCUGGAGAUCUGUUCAUAGGGGAUGUUAUUAGCAACGCCAGCCCACACAGAGACCCCAAACUCAAGUACUUCAUCCCAGAGAGUGUUUUUGUGGGUCCGUAUCCACCCUAUGCUGGGGGUGGAGGGUAUCUGUACUCUGGGGAUUUGGCGCUGCGUCUUUACAACAUCUCUCAGCAGGUUGUAUUGUAUCCGAUCGAUGACGUAUAUACAGGUAUGUGUCUGAAGAAGCUGGGCCUGGUCCCUGAGAAACAUUCUGGUUUCAAGACAUUUGACAUUGAAGAGAAGUACAGAAACAGCCUGUGCAUAUACAGGAAUUUAAUGCUGGUGCACAGCCGGACGCCACAGGACAUGCUUAUGAUCUGGCCGUGGAUUGUCCAUCCUGAGUGGGACUGUCAGUGAACGCCUCCUGCUCUGUCUGCAAACUGAACUGAACUCUUAAAAGAAAAAUCCAUAGUAAAAACCAGGAAGAAAGUUAUUUAUGUCUUCUGUUAUCAUUUAUUAAUGUAGUGAUGUAUCUAAAAGCCGCAGCACCACAUAGCAUUUCAAAAUGUUUAGAGCUCAUCUGCACAGCAAAAAUCCUUGGGAAAAACAAAUGGAAUGUACAUUUUUUUUUUGGUGUGUUGUUUGAGGUAUUUUUCCAUAGUCAGUGUGUUACCUGCUGCUUAGGCAAAACAUUUUACAUCAGAUUUAGCUUGUGUAUGGAACGACAUACAUUUAUAUUUAACUGUGACUACUGAUGAUGGUCUAGAUCGGGCAUCAUGUAGGAACAAGUCAGAGAGUCACAUGUUUGGAUGAAUAGUGCAAAAUAGCUAUGUGUACAAAUAGUUUUUGUUCAGUUCAGAAGGAGGUUAGGGAAGUGGAAGAGGUGAUUGUUUUCAGAUGUUUGGGCCGAUGAGUAACCUUAUAAGCUAUUACAACUACUACUAUACUAGAGUGAGACCUUGAAUGACGUCCAUGUCUGCUACCGUGUAUCCCAAAUAGAUGUCAAUCAGUACAGCUCCAGUUUAGAGAAGCAAACAGUAGAGUAGUACAUGCUUUAUAUUCAUCUUCUUCAUCUUAGAAUAGAGUGUCAUUAUUGUCAUUGUAUGCAGUCCCAUCAGUGCAAACAAGUAUAAAUAAUUAUUCCUAUAAAAAGUCUACAAAAGUGCACAGUGCCACUAAAAUUUGCUGAAAAAAAUAACA